CCCCUCCUCUUUUAUAGCAUGUAAAACCAGCUUUUGUAGUCUCUCUCUCUUUCUCUUCCUGAUUCUGCCAUUUUUUGUCUUUUUCCUCUUCUUUUCCUCUGAUAUUUAUCUUAUCUCUCUAUGUUGAUCGGUCUAUGUGAUUGUUGGGUGCUCACUGCUCAGAUUAAUUCUUCUUAUGGUGUUUAAUUUCUUUGUUAUAGUUAGGGGUUGAUUUUUAUAUAUCAAUUUCUUAACAUUUGAAUCCAUGGAGUGAUAGAUAUAGAUGUAUCUUAACCUCUUAACCUUUAGUUCCAUUCGGUAUGAUAAUAUAUACUAGAGUAAUAGAUUUGUUAAAUCGGUUUUGUUUACCUUUCACUCUAAUUCAUAUGUUGAGAAGAUAGGUUCUUUUCGCACACCGUAAAACUAGUUAGCAUGUUUUUGUCGGAUUAAAUAUUUUCACUUUGUAUUUGUGCUUGUUUGGAUUUUUUUGUGGGUUUCACCUAUUGGAUUUAGGAGAGGGGUGCCUAACAUUUUUCCUCUCCCAUUUGAGUCUUAUUUGAAUUAGUUUAGUUGAUGCUUCGAAAUCUGGAGUCACUUUUAAAUCGAAAUGAAUUUUGAUGCUAAUCUUAGAGGUCUCAUCACCUCCAUUUCUAUAUCUGAUGGGUGGCGAUUCCAAAUCCUACCCAAGUGAGCUGUUUUCUCGGUGCUCACACCAGAUAUUGUCACCCAAGCCGAGGUUCAAGAUCUCCACUUUCUAAUCACCGUCGGUGGCCUGCUGCAACCAAGAGGUCCAAGACUCAGUCUCCAACUCCAACUCUGCGAAUUGGCAACGGGAAAUUGACUUGAGGUUUGAACGAUCAUCACCGCCUCCCUGAGUUUGUUGGUUGCUUUUCACUGCUGCUUGUUACUGGUGACAGUUUGGACUAGCCUCAACAAAAGGAAUUAUAGAACCUUCAUUUGCACCAAGUAUUGUGACUAGGUGGCUUGCAGUCACCAUGUCCUAAACCAUUUCCUUCUCAUGCAGUUCUGCAGUUACUUGUUUACUUAACCAUGAAGCUCCUUACUUUACUCAGAAAUGUCCAUGCCCCUCCAACUCUCCCUAAGAUAACAGGUCCUCUUCAAUUUCGUCUGUUUCAACCUGAUUUUGUUCCUAGAGAUCCCAAGUCCAAGCCUAAGAGGUACAAGUACCCUGCUUUCUAUGAUCCAUAUGGCCCUAAACCCCCACCUUCUGAUAAGAUCAUUCAGCUUGCUGAACGUAUUGCUGCCCUACCCCCUGAUGAACUGAAGCAGAUAGGUCCAACUCUACAACACAGGCUAAGGCAUCCCAAAAUGCAACCGAUUGCAACAGAGGGCAUGGACUUGGGUCAGGGUGGUCCAGCUGCUGGCUCUGCGAAGGCUGAAGAGAAGAAGGUGGAGAAGACAGCUUUUGAUGUGAAACUGGAGAAAUUUGAUGCAGCAGCAAAGAUCAAGGUGAUCAAAGAAGUCAGAGCAUUUACCAAUCUAGGGUUGAAGGAAGCCAAGGACCUAGUUGAGAAGACACCAGUCCUAUUGAAACAAGGGGUCACCAAGGAGGAGGCCAAUGACAUAAUUGAGAAGAUAAAGGCUGCCGGUGGUGUUGCAGUAAUGGAAUGAGCCUCACAUCUGCAGGUGUUGCUGAUUUUUGUUCUUAAGAGUCUCCGUAUUUUUUAGGUAAAAGUUAACAGAAUUUUCCACCGAUGCAACAGGUGAAGUAUGCUGCCUUCUGAAUGAUAGGCACCAUUGUUGGAAUUCCUAAGGCCUGUUUUGUUUGCAAUGCAAUUUGAUUUGUACUGGUGCAAAAGUAUGGGCAUGCAAAUGAUUUGAUUACAAACUCUGAUUCCUUGUUUCA